AACAUUCAGAACAACAUCUCCUCCCCCUCUUCUUCCGUCCACACGUUCCUGCAGCCAGAGACAGACAGGAGACUGAAGAAAAACUUCUGGAGAGAUCGGGGCACUGCCUCUCGCUUCACCGCCCAAACCAAGCUCGUUGGCAAGUCUGGAGACUUGCCCAACCUUUGGACCUUCUAUGGCUACUCUUAAGGUGGAUUGGUGAACCAAAUCUCUGGUCAGGUUGGUCGUCAUAGUCACAACUGAGUCACCCUGGUGCCAAGUCCAUUUGGGUGUUCUGAGAGACUGGAAGAUUUACUCUGGACACAAGCCAUAUGAUGAUUGUUUUGGAUAUUCUUCUGCAUUGAUCCUUGGGGGUUCUGGAGGUGACAACUGAUUUAAGUCAAAUUCAAGAGAAAAACAAUACCUUCUCUGGAUUGUGACAAAGGUUUUACUGCAAAAUCAGACCUAACUAAAUACCAGAUGGAACACAUAGAAGGGAUGUCGUAUCCUGUUUCGCAAUGCGUCAUAGCUAUUACAAUGCAACCCAACCUUGCACAAAAGAUUGCUCACCCUAAAGUGAAGAGGUAUUUUUGUACUAAAUGUGGCAAAGCUUUUGCAGCAAUGUCAAAACUUCUUGCACAUGAUAGGGUUCAUACAGGAGAGAAGCCAUUUCAGUGUUCCAAAUGUAGCAAAGCUUUCACAUCAAAGGGAUAUCUUCUCGCACAUGAGAGAGUUCAUACAGAAGCGCCGCCAUUUCAGUGUUCCAAAUGUGGCAAAGUUUUCACAACAAAGGGAAAUCUUAUCGGACAUGAGAGGGUUCAUACAGGAGAGAAGCCAUUUCAGUGUUCCGAAUGUGACAAAGCUUUUGCCAGAAAGACGGAUCUUAUCGUACACCAGAGGGUUCAUAUAGCAGAGAAGCCAUUUCAGUGUUCCGAAUGUAGCAAAGCUUUCGCAACAAAGAGAAAACUUAUGAAACACCAGAUGCUUCAUGCAGGGGAGAGGCCAUUUCAGUGUCCUGAAUGUGGCAAAGCUUUCACUCAAAAGUCAAUUCUUGCUAGUCAUAUGGUAAUGCACACUGGAGAAAAACAAUUUCAGUGUUCAGAAUGUCACAGAGCUUUUUUAAGGAAGUCAGAGCUUCGCAAACAUCAUCAGAUGGGUCACAAAAAAACAUUUCAAUGUUCUGAAUGUGACACGCCUUUUGCAACAAAGUCACAGCUUAUCAGACACCAAAGAGCUCCUAUUGGUGAGAAGCCAUAUCCAUGCUCAAAAUGUGAUAAAUCUUUUACACAAAAGGCAUGUCUUAUUACACACCAGAUGGUUCACACUGAAGGGAACCUGCAUCAGUGUUCUGACUGUGACAACGCUUUUGCAUUGAAGUCGGCUCUUAUCGAGCACCAUGAGACUCACCAUCAAGAGAAGCCUUAUUGUUGUUCAGAAUGUGACAAAGCUUUUACAACAAAGUCACAGUUUAAUCUGCACCAGAGGGUCCAUACUGGGGAGAAGCCGUAUCAGUGUUCUCAGUGUAAAAAAAAAUUUCCAUCGAAAUCGCACCUCACCAUACACCAAAGAGUUCACACUGGAGAGAAGCCCUAUCAAUGUUCAGAAUGCGAUAAAGCUUUUAUAAGGAAUGCAGCGCUCCUCUUGCACCAGAGGAUCCACACUGGAGAGAAGCCAUUUCAAUGUUCUGAAUGCAACAAAGCUUUUAGGUUGAAACCUUUACUUCUCAGACACAAGAGGGUCCACACUGGGGUGAAGCCAUUUCGUUGUUUGAUAUGUGACAAAGCUUUUACAUUGAAGGAAAACCUUCACGUGCAUGAGAGGAUUCACACUGGAGAGAAGCCGUACAAGUGUUCUGAAUGUGACAGAGCUUUUAUGAAAAAGGCAGAGCUUAUCGUACAUGAGAGGGACCACACUGGAGAGAAGCCGUAUAAGUGUUCUGAAUGUGACAAAACUUUUAAAAUGAAGCCCAGCCUUGUCAAUCACAUGAAGGGUCACACUGGAGUGAAACCGUAUCAGUGUCCCGAAUGUGGCAAAGCUUUUUUAUCAAGGUCAUACCUUUCCCAACACCGUAUAAUUCACACGGGAGAUAAACCAUUUCAGUGUUCUGAAUGUAACAAAGCAUUUCCAAUGAGGUCAUACCUUGUCCAACACCAGAUGGUUCACACGCGAGAUAAACCAUUUGAGUGUUCUGAAUGUAAUGAAGCAUUUUCAUUGAGGUCACACCUUGUCCAUCACCAGAUGAUUCACACGGGAGAUAAACCAUUUGAGUGUUCUGAAUGUGGUAAACCUUUUAUAAGUAAGGCAAAUCUUAUCAGACAUGAGAAAAUUCACACUAGAAAAAAAUCGGAAAUAGAGAAGCCUUUUCAUUGUUCUGAAUGUGACAAAACUUUUACACAGAAGGCAAAUCUUAUCAAACACGAGAUGACUCACACUGGAGAAAGGCCGUAUCAAUGUUCUGAAUGUAAUAAAGGUUUUAUACAGAAGGGACAGCUUAUCAGACACCUGAAGGUUCACACUGGAAAAAAAAUAAUGUUCUGAAUUGUACAACGUUUAUCCGCCACCAGAGGGUUCACCCACUUCCUCCUCCACUGCAGAGCGGAUAUUCUAACAGAAGGGGGGUAUUAACCGCUUGCCGACUAGCCGCCGCAGUUUUAAGGUGGCAGGUCGGCCCUGCUGGGCGAGAUCACGUAAUAUUAUAUCAUCUCGUCGAGCAGCUAAU